CUUCUUUGUGGUAUAGUGUAUGGGUAACAAAAAUGUCACAAGUCCAAAUACCGCGCUGUUUGGCAAGAACCACUGCCAAGAACCGAUGAGGUAUUAAAAUUCGACAAACGAUCUCUCAUUUUUCUCAAUCAAAAUUUCUAAAAUGACCUCUCGUUAUCUCGUCGGCUCGUGCCACAGUCCAGAUUAGUGUUCGAUUUACAAGGGCUCUGACCGUGAUAAAACGAUAAUCGGGUCGAAACCCACGGCCCUUCCUUUGGGAAGCCCCGGGCUUCUCUGCAGGUUCAUAUUCAUCAGUGCAAUCACAUUUUUAUUAGUGCAUAUUCAGUCUUUAGUCAAUGAUAUAGUUAUUAUACUUAUACUUAUUACAUUUUUGUCAUCAUUCAUUGGAAUUAUUUUUCAAGUCCUUUGAGAGUUUAUUUUCUCCACUACUGGUCAAGGUUAUGGAGAGGCAAGAAAGACGGAAUCUGCUGCUAGCAGUCUCUAAGCUCACAGAACUUGAAACUGUUCGUGUUUCAAUCAAAGAAAGUUUCAAAGGUGCUGCUAUAGCUGGAGUCACAACGCUUGUUGGAGGUCUUUUUCUGGGCCCCAUAGGAUUAGCCAUUGGAGGCGCAGCUGGAGGAUGUACAGCUGCCUACAUGGCAAAAGAUAAGUUUAGAUCGGUACCUGAUAUAAUUAUACAUGACCUUACACCACAGCAGCAAAAAGAACUUGAAAAAAUAGUCCUUGAAACUAUCAGAUCCUUCCCAAUUCAAGAUGUAGCUUAUCAUGCAGUAAAUCUAGCCAAUGAUCCUGCUUUGGCUACAACGGUAGCUAUGGCAGUCAUCUCUUACUUGAAUUCACUACCAGGAAUGCAUAUCAUAGAUUAGCCCACUGUAUCAUAUUUCUACUAUAGCAAUUUUCAUAGAAUUUAACAAUAAAUAGACAGGUUUAUAUUAAUCAUUCAGGAAAGAAGUAAUGAUAUUACGAGAAAACGAGAUUGAUUGUAAAUAGAGUUGUACAGUUAUUUUGAAGACAUCUAUUGUGUGAUGUUCUGUGAAUGUAAAUAUUGAGAGAACUCUGACUGGUGAUAUGCCGAUUCCUCAUAGCGACAAUACGCUAUAAUUGAGUAUCUAUUUACCAUACAGUUCUUAGCCAAAGGCCUGUGAAGUUAUACAAGUAUUUUUGAAACCCCGUAUCGCCUUUUAUGCUAAUUACAUACGUAUAGUUAUAUUUACAGCUAACACAAUAAGCUAGGACGAAUAUCGCAUAGACCGUAAUAAUGGUAAUUUUUCACGGACUCUAAAAACGUAGCAAGAAAAGGUAUAGGUAGAGUAGUAAUUGAAAUAAUCUUACGAAUGAUUUGAUCGUGAAAUCUCAUGUAUUGGAAAUAAAAUUCACAUUUUUCAGUA